GAGACACCGCUCUAUACCUUACGUACUCUGUCACUGAUAGUAUAUGGCAGCGUCCACGGAAAGCAUGGAAAACGCAGCUACCUCACUUGAAGUGGUGUUAGAGUCCCUUCAGAAAGGGAUUGUAAGCGACACGCAAGUUGAAAUGAUGCGGAACCUAACGAUCUUAUUUCGCGAACAGCCUUUCAGAGAGAGUGCUGAUGGUUCUUUUUUUCACCACUUACUUCAAAUUUUGUGCCAAGCAACCAAAGUCAUUCAGCCACACUACAUCACUGAAAAGUGUUUCACACCCACAGAUGAGUUUCUCCAGGUGACAACUGAGUGCUUUAGAUGUCAAAGGAAUGCCUGUGUUGAGUGCCCCAAAAACCAGAAUAGUAUGAGGGAUUUAGGUUUCAUUGAAGUCACCAUCAGAAUUCUUGAUAAACUUCAAAAGUUGCCCACUGUCCUCUCCCACAAAUUGGAAGCUUUAAGGUGUGGUAUGCAGUUUCUUGGAAAUGCUGCUGCUGGAAACAGGGAAUGCAAAGAGGAUAUUUGGAAACUUACAUUUCCAGAUUUUUUUGUGACUUUUCUUGGAUAUGAUGAUGAAAAGGUUGUGGCAUAUUGUUCUAUGGUACUCUUCACUUGCCUAGAUGAUGGAAAAGCAGAACAAUUUUUGAAUGACAAAGGAAUAGAAGUAGCCUUUCAGAUUAUCAAUCAGUGUGCCAAACAUCCAGAUUUGGAUUGGCUAAUACUGAUUAUCACCCAAUUCUUUCUGAAAUCCUUUGACCUGGUUGAGCGAUUAUAUGGAAAACUUAAUUAUCAAGAAAGGCUUAGGCUUCUUGAAUUAGUGUAUUCAGAAGUUGAAGAUUCUGCAUCAUGCAUGAAGGAAUCUGUUGUUUCUGAGAAACUAGCAAUGUUCUUAGCUGAUCAUUUUCAGCACAGCUGCAAAUCCAUUUUAAAACUAGAAGAUGAAACAGCUGAAGUUGAUGAGGAAUGUCAUAUUAUAAUAAAGUUAUUGAAUAUUCUUUGUGAGAUGACAUCUGACAUAAAAAAGUUCAUGUUUUUGCAACAAUAUCCAGAGAUCCUGAAGAUAACAGUUGAACUAUUGAGAGAGGUACAUCUCAGUGGGAAAACGAAAAAGAACAUUUUCAGUGGGACCCAUGAUUUUGCACAGAUUAGAACAGUGUCUCAUCCUGCUGUUGGGUUUAAAGCUUAUCUCAUCCGACUGAUUGGAAAUUUGUGUUAUAAGAACCCUGAAAAUCAAAAUAAGGUUCGGGAAUUAGAUGGAAUACCUCUCAUUUUGGAUAACUGUUGUAUAGAUGGCAACAACCCUUGUAUCCUUUACAGAUGCAUGAGACUUUUACUUACAUUUACGGAUUCUUUUAAGAUGCCAUUUCUUGGGUCCAAUUUUACAUGCAGACAUAUUCUAGAUAAUGGAAGUAAGUUCAGGAGGAUCUGUGGUAAGGAAGCACCACUUUACUAAAACCAUGUGACGAGCAUGUGUUGGACAGGCCAUUUUUUUACUGAAAUGUAUCUAAAAGCUAGCUACAGUAUAGUAAUGAUGAUCAAACAGUUUUAAGCUUCAGCUACUGAGAGAAAAAAACAGUACAUCUAAAUAAUUUUUUUUUUUUUUUUUAUAAAUCUAUAACCUCAUGAACAAUAAUGUACUUGCUGUAUCAUUCACAAAGCCUUCCCAUACUAUGCAUAUAAACUCUUAUCAUAAGUCUUUUUUCUGUUGUAGAAUUAUGAUGUUUUAUUGUUUCAGCUGUCAAAUGAGCUUUGUCAUAAUAAUGAGUUUUAUCCUCCAUUAUCAAAUGCUUUUUAAAUCUGUCCCAUUUUAUAUUAAUUCAGCUUGGAGCACUGUUUACAGUGAUGCAGGUGUCAACAUUCUGGGCAUAAAAUAGGAGAAACCACUUGAACUCUUAAUUCUUUCUUGGCAUUUUUUUCUUCCUGUGGUGUGAAGGAUGGACCAUGCCAAAGGCGAGUGUUGAGAUGUGAUUUUAGCAGUCACACAGUUUCUUGUAGUUUUGUGUCUUUGACUUGUUUUCUCAUGGUCCUUUGCUUAAAAUCACAUAAACUAGUUAUAAAUUUAGGUUUUUCUGUAGUAUUUUAAUGAAGUUUAGAACAAAAGUCACAAUGAGUAGGUUGGUUUUCUAUACCAUUCCUUAGACAGAGAAACUCCUGCAGCCAAACUUUAUAGUUGUUCGUCUAUGGUGGUGAAUGUUUUCCUUUCACUUAUAAUUCACUUGUUUUGCCAUUUGUCAUUAAUGACACUAUUAAGGUUUUAAAAAGUCAGAUAUUUUACAUUUUGCAAUUAUAGCAAGUAAGCAUAUGCACCUGAUCAACCAAAGCUGUUUCUUUCAUUCAUGAUUAAAUUGUCAAGAAAAUAAGCCUAGAAUUAUGCAGUGGCAUUUUGGAUGGGAUGAGAAAAAAAAAUUAAUUUGCAUGCCACUUUUUUAGGGGGGUACAUUUGCAACUGUUUUAGACACAAACCUUUGCCCUGGUUCCUGUUGUUUAAUUCUGUUAUUACCAAACCUUGGAUCAUUCUUUGAACAUUCCUACCAAAAUAAAAUUCUUCU